UCUCCUAAAAAGGAACGGAAUUCCCACCGUCACAGCGAGCGGCGUUUAGAAAGCGUUACCACUCCGCUACUGACGUUUUCUCGACAGCAUUGUUAAAAAUGAAGCAACGUUUUCCGUUUUCAUUCACCUGCGGCCGUUAAUCGCUCCGGUUUUUCGUGUCAAAGCGGCUCAUGAAGCGGAAAGGCUGGAAAACCGCGGCCGCUGUUCGGCCGCUGUGCGCAUGCUCAGACUGCGCUCUCCGUCCUUAUUAAUUUUUAAUGGAAAAUGGCUGCGUUUCUUAUCCAAACCGCCGGAGCAGAGGAAUAAAGGAACCGUUUCUUCGGCCUCGCUGCCGCUCGCGUCGAACCGGUUCUAUGUGUUUGACUUCACGCUGAGCCGAACCGAACCGAACCGAGCCGUGAGGUGGAAAAAUAACAGAGGGGGGGGGGAAUGGACCGACUCCCGCUUUGAGGGAUGAAAGAUCAUUUUUCUCCUUAACCCUUCUGCUUGAUCUGCGAACAAUCGAGCAAAGAUGAUGCGCCAGGUGACCAGCAGCGACUUCUGCAUGAGCAGCAGGCCGUCCUGCCUGGCGGAGGACGCUCACCACCCCGCCGCUCAUUUCGACCUCUGCGCCUCGCAGCCCAGCAAGUUCUACCCGCCUCCGCCGCCGGGCUCCCUGCAGAUGACGCUGGCGCCGAUGGCCUUACCCGCCCAGAGCCACAAGCCGCUGGGGUGCCACAGACAGGACCUUCUGGGCGCUGACCCGCGCGCACCUGGUAAAAUACCUGGCCUGAAAGGCUCGGAGCAAACGCCCGGCGAGGCGAAGAAAAAGACCAAAGGCGGCGGGAAGUCGGGCCGGCGCGGCCGGCCGCUGGGCACCACCAAGCUGGCCGGGUACAGAACCAGCACCGGGCGGCCCCUCGGCACCACCAGGGCCGCCGGGUUCAAGACGAGCCCGGGGAGGCCGCUCGGCACCACACGGGCCGCGGGGUACAAGGUCAGCCCCGGGCGACCCCCCGGCAGCAUCAAGGGCCUGUCCCGUCUCAACAAACUGGCUUACAGCAGCAGCUGCAGCGCGGCGGCGUUCCCCUACCCUCUGCCGCACAAAGACAUCCUCUGUGAACCUUCCUGCAAAGACAAGGCGGCCGCCGAGGACCGGCUCUGCACCGUCUCCACCUCACCCUGACCUGGCUGGGAACGCAGCUGCUUCCUGUUGGGGCUGGCUGCCAUUUUGAUUUGUGACACUUUUUAGAAAAAAUUCUUGUUGUCUUGGUGUCAUUUGUGUGCCUGCCGCCUGAUAAACCACCGUUUGUUUCUAAUGCUAAUGCUAACGCUGGAGAUCUCCAACAGAUUCAUGGGAACAAGGACAGCAGGAGGCCGUGGCCUGUCAGAGCAGCAGCUCCACUUAAAUAUGUAGCAUUUUAAAACCAUUUCAAAUGGAAAAUUAAUUUCUGCAUUAGCUGCGCUUCAAUUACAAAUGUGUGCAAAACUUUGUAAAAAACACAAUUUUACGAUUGCGGUAUUUCCAUUCAAUAGGAAACAUAAUUAAAUAAAAUCACACUUAAAUUAUUAAAAACCAUCAUCCUCCAACCACUUCCUGUCUUCUUCUUCUUCUUCGUGGUUUCUGGCAGUAGUAACUUCCUGUUGUUGAUCAUGAGGAUGAGAAAUAAAGAAAAUGUGACGUUAUUAGAGUUUCAUUCUUGUUCUUAUCAUGAAAAGGGCAAAUAUGAUCAUGUCAUCACGUUUCCUUUCAGGUGUGUUCAGGCUUGUUGCUCAUGUUUAUGUUCUCUUCCAGUCAUUGAUAAAUAUAUUAAUAAGCCAUUCACAUGGAAAAUAAAACCUGACAUCAUUUUUCCCACUUGAUAAACUUUAUGCUCACAAACAGCGUCUCUCUUCCAGCCACGUUUCUGCCUGGAUGAUCUCAGUUUUUUUGUUGCUAAACUUUUCACUUGAUGCUUAAAUGCUUUUGAAGUUAUGUUUUUAAAUCUGUUUAUUCGUUUUAUUAAAUGUAUUUAGCCUGUAAGCUAAUGUGAACGGAGAUUCUCAGCAGAAGAGAAGGAAUGCUGGGAUUUUCUCUGCACCCAGAAAAUUAAUCUGGAAAUCGUUUGGACUCUUUUAAACCCCAUAACUCAGAUAAACUUGGUUUAUUUCAACUCUACUGACUGAAACUCAAAAUGUUGCUCCAAAAUGUCUUUAUUGUUAUUAGCAUAUUUUUGUCUAGCGGCUCCCUCGGCCUGCAGACUGGGACAAAUACGACUGUUAUCCGUCUUUGUGAUGUUUGUUUCUGUUAUGUGUAUUAUUUUCUCUUUCAGUAUUUCUCACAGGAAAGAUUUGGAUAAUUGUUCAUCCUGCAGAAUUCAAUUUGUCCUUUUAAACUUAAUUAGUUCAUUUCUGUUUUCUUUUUGAAAUUCAGCAUUUUUAAAAAAUUCUCAGCGGUUUUCCCAAACGAUGGAUCGCUCCACUUAUGUUUCAUUAGUAGAUUUUUUUUGAGCCAAUACUUUUCUAUACAUUAUCCACAUGUAGUUAUAUCUCAACAUAUGAUGAACAUUACCUCAUUACUAAUAACUGUAGAUAAACAAGAUGCUUUUUGAAAUCAGAAAAUAUCUGAGGAAUAAAUAUGAAUCCAUGUUUCUUAUUUCUUUGUUUCUGACUAAUUGUUCCAAUAAAGUAUCAGAGUAGAAACAUGACUAUCACAUUAACCUUAAAGACUGGAUUACUUUGAUACGUUUGUUAAAAUAUAUAAAAUUCUUUCACUUUCCUGUCUGGGAACUUAUUAAUUAUGUAUCAGCAUUUUAAUUUUUACAAGAUAAACUCUGUUUGUUUUGUCAUUGUGACAUAAGCUCCAGUUUUCUAUGUAUUUGUCUUAUUUAUUUUUGUUUGUUUCUAGUUUCAUCAUAAGCCUUUAAGCUCCUGAAAUCAAACUAUAUGGAAAUGUUUUUAUGAAGACCCAUCCAGAAAUAUGGCAUAGUCCAAGUUUAGUUCAACUUUAAGUUGCUCUUCUUGGAAACCAUUUAAAGUUGGUAAAUUUGGUGCAAUAAUUUACCGUAUGUAUUCUAUGCUUUUCACUUCUCUGGUCUUUUAACUUGUGUGCAUUUUACUAAAUGUUUGGAUUAUCUGUGCAGUGUGAACAAAUGUACUGAAAAAGUCAGAAAACUUUUUUUUUAACUCUUUACCAAAGAACGCAGCAUCUCAAAAGGUUCGAUUCAACAUUAAGUUGUUGUGUAAAAUGUAAAUCAAAAAACAAACAGUCCAAUAUAAACUAAACAUGGGUGAAGUAAAACUUGUUGCAUUAGAUGCUAAAAUGAAUGCAUUCAUAUCAUCUGCAUUAUGUCUGAUUUUUCUAUUAGUCUGUUAUGUUGUGAAAGAAAUAUCCUCUUUGUACAACGUUUUGUCCAUUUAACCGAUACGUUUUGGUUUAAAUCAUUUUUUUAUUCAAAGUAUGUGUCAGGAUGGCAACAGGAAUGCUAGUUUUAGUCUUUAUUGUUAAACAUCAGCUGUCUUUAUAUUUACAUUUUGUCCUUAUGUCUUAAUCUUCAGGCUAAUUUUCUGAAGUCCUUCAGAAAUGUGAAACUGAAAGAUUUGUCCUGAUUUUGUGAAAAUGUUUUGAAGUGUAACUCUGUCCCUGAGAGGUUCAUUUAAUUGACCCAAAAUCAGAAACAGUUUACACCGUCACAGCUAGCGAAGGAAGCUAGCAUGAGUUUGGUUUGAAUAGCAUUAUUAAAAGUAAAUAUAAUUUGUGGUGAAACAAAACACAAAAUAAUAAUGUACACUUUCCAUCUAGAUUGUAGAGAUUUUAAUUCUCUGAAGUUUUGUAUGUGGAUAAUAAACACAGAUUUAAGUUUCCUUUUUGACACCAAACAUUAAAAUCCAGUUUCUUGAUUUAAAUCAGAUUUUUUUUCUUUCAAACUCUCAUGAUAAAGGUAUAAACUAAAUUAUUCUGACUGUAUUAUUAGACUUAAUGUUUUCAUUUCACAGUGAAGCUAGCUUCUGCUGGGUUAGCAUAAAGUCCAGCUGCAACGUCAGAUUCACACAUCUGUCCCGUUUUCUCAAAACAUUCACAAAAGAAAUGCAAAACAGAAAAGGCAUUUCUUUUUACCAAAUAAAAUAGCUAAUUCGAGAAAGAAUCGUUAACAGCAAUUAAACUAAAAAUAAUCUAUGUAGAAGUAAUAAAACACUAAAGAUUUCUCUGCACUGUUUAUCUGCUUUGUAUUUCUGUGUUUCACAAUUUAAAUUUUCUGAAGAUCUUGUUUGUAGAGACAGAACUCAGAUUUGUAUUUUAUUUUUAACACUAAUAUUUAACCUCCAUCAGAUAAAAACAACAACUUAAUUUCCACUGUUGUAGUUUAAUUUUUAACUAAAUUGUUAAAUGGGAGUUUUAGUCUUUACCUUUGUCAUAAAUAUUGCCGGUUUUUAUAUUAACUUUGUCUUUACAAGAUUUUGUUAAAAUAAGGCCAUUGAAUCCAUCCAUACUGUAAAACUUACAUAUUUAAUAUUCUGGAAUAUUUUAAAGAUCUCAUGUGUUGUUUUUCCAAACAAUAUCCUUUCUUUUAAAAAUAAUUUAUAGCUUCACAUCCUGCUAGUUAGCAGGAGGAGCUAGUAUUAGCAUGAUUUUGUUAGUGCUAACAAUUAAAUGUAAAUUAUCUGUCUUUACUGUAGCAGAAGGUUUUUAUUAAUGUAGAAUUAUUAUUAAUAACUCUCCAUUAAUAAGAGUUAUCAUGAUUUGUGUCGUUUUUGUGACAAUCUGACUUUUAAUCUGUUAUUGUGAAAUGCUAACAAUAAAAGCUAACAUUUAUUUAGCUUAAAACUAUGGAAUAAAUAAUCCCAAGAACCAGCUCCAAGUUUCUAUAAAACCUGAUGUAGCUGGUAAAAAUGAGAAUAGAGUGAAAGUUUGGUUCAUAUAUUGUAUCUUAAUUAUCUUCUGGGAUUUAGAUAUUAAACUGAAGCUGUUUUUUUGUUAAAAAGACAGAUGUUGGUAUGAAUUUUGAAAAACUUUACCUCAUCAAAGAACAUUGUGUCAGCUAAUAUUAGGCCUGAGAUCCACUGUUUGUUUGUAAGGAGGAGAAAGAAUACCUAAAUAAUUCUUGAUUAUUAUUAUUUUAAGCAAGACAUUGCAAACCAAGGAUCCCAGUUAUGAAUAGUUUAAUCUCUGUUACCGUUUUGUGUCUCACCACCUGCAGCUUUUUCUCACGUUUGUGUUUUGGAGAAAAUGUGAAGCCCAGUUAUUCCUGUGUGAUUGACAAAGCUUGUAAAGCUUUGUACAGAUUCCCAUACUCUUCCUGCAUGAUUGUUGUGAAAUGUUGAAAAGCUGUGUAAUAAAUAAAAAAAAAACACUUGA